AUGUGUAUUUGCACAACAGACUCGUCUUCAACAUUGGACCGUGCGAGGCCAGAUACAUCGGCUUACCAAAAAGAAGCCUAUCGUCGUCAACAUUCCGAAUCAUCAAAGAAGGACUCCAAGGUCUCGACAUCUUCCAAGGACGGCUCUAUGGCCCAUGUUCUGAAUGUAAAUCUCAGCUUCAAUGAAAAGUUGAUGCGCACUGAGCCAGAGCCGCGAGACUCCAUAUAUGUGUACGACUACAGUCGAAACGAGACAAAACGAAUGAAGACGCGAGAUCUUCUCGAGAAAACAGGUUCGUGCACGCAACUUCAUGAAGACCUCGAAGAGCACAAAUCUGACUUUCAUAUAGGAGAUCAGUCAAUUGAUCAAGAACCCAUACCAUAUUCAAUGCGUAGUAUACCGAUAAAGACAGGCACAGGAGGCUUUGGUGGUGGAGAUGCUGUCGUUGCUAGAGUACAUGUCAAUCUUGGAUUGAGGAUGCAACGGUGGCUAGGUAUGCAGAAACGACUGUACAUUGUGGACGCAAUCCAAUAG